AUGUCCCAAAAGAAGAAAGCAGGCAAGACACACUGGCAUCCCAUUUCCUACCUCCUCACUGGCGACGCGCGCCAGAAGCCCGCACUGGCAGAUCUCGCAGCCCGCCUGUGGAAGCUCCUGACCUUCGUGGUGGCCCUGCCCGGGGUUGGCGUUUGCAUGCUGAACUGCUACCUGAAGGCGCAGCACGAGCACCAGCGGCCCGAGUUCGUUCCUUACGCUCACCUCCGCAUCAGGACCAAGCCUUUCCCCUGGGGUGAUGGGAACAAAACUCUGUUCCACAACCCCCACGUUAAUGCCCUCCCAACCGGUUACGAAGACGAACAGUAA